GUAAAACAUGAAUGCAUACCAGUUUUACUCAGAAGUUCACGGAUGGCGAUUGGUGAACUAUUUUGGUGUAUCUGUAACGCCCCACACUCACCGCCCACUUCAGAUGAAAUGUUUUGGAUGAAGUUUCUUCUGCAUUUAUUGAUCUGACCGGCUGUUACAUGAAGGUCAAGGCUUCGCGAUAGCAUUUGACCAGCAUCAAUGCCGACUGCACUUAUCUGCUAACUUAAUUCACAGAUGUGAAUUCAGUCUGGUGUACAAUGACUGUCUUUCAUCUGGAUGAUUUUUUAGCAGGAUGGAUUGGGGGAGCAUCCAGUGUGAUUGUAGGACAUCCUCUUGACACAGUAAAGACACGUUUACAAGCCGGCAAAGGAUACAAGAAUACUCUGCACUGUAUUGUAACAAUCUACAAAAAGGAAACCGUUACAGGAUUUUUUAAAGGACUUUCCUUCCCACUGGCCAGCAUCACCCUGUAUAACUCGAUGGUGUUUGGUUGCUACAGUAACACGCAACGUCUGAUCAGUAGAUAUCGCUAUGGCGAUGGUAGACACCCAUCCAGUAUGCUUGACAUGACUGCAGCAAGCAUGUUGACUGGUCUGGUUUCCGUAGGGGUGGGCGCCCCCGUUGACCUUGUCAAAAUUAGGCUACAGAUGCAAACUCAGCAUGUCCUCGCAGAAAACUUUAAUCUUGCUGGGAAUGGAAGCAUGCCGCUUCGUUCAGUGGGACUUCAGGCCCAGACUAUGUCCAGAGGGCCAAUCCACUGCAUUAGCACAAUACUGCAGAAUGAAGGUAUUCAGGGACUCUACAGAGGAGCCGGGGCAAUGAUACUACGAGACAUACCGGGUUACACCCUGUACUUCAUUCCCUACACGUUACUCUGUAACUGGCUGAAUCCUAAAAGAAAUGGCUCCCCCCAUCCAUGCACCAUAUGGCUUGCAGGAGGUUUAGCAGGAUCCAUCUCAUGGGUCACAGCCACACCGGCUGAUGUAGUGAAAAGUCGACUACAGGCAGAUGCCAUUCAGCACCGAAAAUACAACGGCAUUCUGCACUGCAUCAUGCAAAGCUACAAGACGGAGGGAAUACAAGUUUUUUUCCGCGGGGCGACGGUCAAUGCCAUCAGAGGAUUUCCAAUGAGUGCUACAAUGUUUCUUGGUUAUGAGCUUUCCCUUCAGUUUUUCCGCAAUUCAUAACAUCAAUAAACAUGCAUUAUAUUCUUCAUUUUGAUUUUAGUGUAUCCAUGAUUUUAAAUGGCUUUUAUGUGCAGAAACUUAAGCGCAACUAAACUUUAUUUGAGUUCAUUGUUGAUACAUGGAAAAGUAUGAGUAAAGCUUUUAGACAUUUCUUAUAUUAAGAAAAUGGGAUGAAAUUUUGAGAAUAGUUGCAAAUUUUUUGAACAUUGUACAGACAUUUUUAUAUUUCAUUAUGCAUCAUCACGGAAACACUACUAAUUUUCAUCCUCUUAGUCUAUUUGCCAUUUUGUGCUCGACAGGUUUUUAAUAUGUAUAAAUUAUGAUGUAAAUAUAUUUGUGAAUAAAUCAAAUUACUUUGUGAAACGGUAAUAUAAUGUUUAUGUUUGUAUGUAUCACUAUCACAAUUAUGAUUUUUCUUAAUUAUGUUUUUUCUUAUCUUUGUGUGUGUUCUUAAAUGGUAAUCUCUGUUGAAGAACACUACAUUCCCCAUGUCCUUUUUGGCUUCUUCACUAUGGUAACAAGAAAAGUGUUGCUACAAUGUGUUUUGCUAUUAAAAGACUGCACCUAUCUUAA